UCAGCAGCACCAGGGACGACGGGUUGUGGGACAAUUAAAAUCAUCAACUCUGGGAACCUGCCUAUGCCAGUGGACUUGUCUCUUGAACCAAUCAGAGAACAGUUCUCCAUCGACACAAACCAUGUGGUGGUACCCAAUGGUGGCCACGCCUCCAUCCAAGUGGCCUUCACUCCACAGGCCACGCGUGAAGAUCUGGUGGAUAAUAAAGUGUGAGUUACCUCCACAUGCUCUCAUAGUUCUGAUCUGACAGCUGGACUGAACUUGAGAAAUUAGCUAGAAGAAUGAUUGGCUGUGAUGAUGGGCAUGGAUCUGAGACUUUCAAUGAUUGGCUGUGAAGAUAGGCAUGGGUCUGAGACUCUCUUUGAGUUGUUUGUUGUCUUCUGUGACAGUCCUGUUAUUUAGUUGUCUACUAUGACAGUCCUGUUAUUUAGUUGUCUACUUUUACAGUUUUUGUUAAGAUAAUGGUAGUUAAACAUGUUAACAAAUUUAUCAUCCAAAACCAAAGCUAACUUGUUGCAUGAUUCUUUUUGAUGAUGCUAGGAAUGUCAUGCUGCAAAAUGCACUCGACUCCUUUUAUGUGUCGGUGACUGGGAAGAUCAAAUGCAAGCAGGUGAAAAUCUCUGGAUCAGCUUCUUACCUCAUAUAUGGGGGAGUCAAACUAGGUCAGACAAAGUGAGUAGCCCGUUCUUAUGUUACUAUCUUACUCUCUUUAAUUAUUUUAGAACAUUCUGUGGCUAGUCACACACUGUUCCCUUGGUAUUGAUGUUAUUUUUAAUUAAGGGGUCCAAUUAAUUUCUCUUAAUAAACUUCUCUAGAACAAAAUUAUACAUUUUUAUAUUUUUGAAAAGUCAAAUAUAAUGGGUUUUUUUUCUUGUUUUUUUCCUUAUAUCCAAUCAGGAAGUUAUGUUUUUCUUUUAUUCCUGAUGAUGAUGUUGAAAUUAAAAUUUGGAUCAGAGAAUCGAGAUUUGCCUUCAAAGUAAGUAUUUCAAAUAUUGUUUUGAAAUUAAAAGUUUAACCAAUUCCCGUAAGAAAAAAUUAUAGAUCUAAUUCAGCAUGGAUUUUAAAAAAAUGUUGAUGUUUUUUUUUUCCCCCUGAUUUUUCAGCUCUUGAACCAAGAUGGCAGUGUUGUUGAGAGUAUGGAGCUAAAGGUCACCAAAGGGAAACAGUAUGCUUUUUACAUAAACUUCACCCCUACUGAGUUGGAUGGCUAUACUGGAGAUCUACUUCUACAGAUUUUGUAUGCAAAUAGAUACGUAGUA